AUGGGGCGAGUAUUUUCAACUAGGCAGUUUAGGAAAGGAGACUUUCUGAUAUUCGUCAAUGACGGGGUUGGUAGGCAGCGGAACAGUGUCAUGGUUUUGGAAACGUUUAAUGAUCACCCAUAUCUCUGUCUCUAUGCUUCAAGGGAUAUUUUUACGGGGGAGGAAAUCCGCUAUGACUACGGUGUACAGAAUCUACCAUGGAGGCACAACGUCAACGUCAUAUCUGGACACCUGAAACUACAUGCUCUGUGUGAACUUAUUUCUCGUCGUGGGUAG